GCCGGGCCUCAACAAAAACAGAGGCGUGCUGGCAAGCUAAAGGUCUCCCAGUGAACUCGUCUCUCCCUCCACGGGUAUUGCUGUUUGAGCCAAGCCGGCGCGGGAGAGACCUAGCAGUGGUACUACCGGUCGGCCCCGAACGCUCGGAAUCCAGCCAGGGCACCCAGGGCGCUCCAAACAGGCCGGUUUCCAUAUCAGCGUAACAGGGGCUGGAUAUAGCCCGCGAGACGCUGCAGUUUCAACCCCGUGGCCCCGCCCAGUCAUUUUCCUGGCCCUCCAUCCUUACAAAAACACCAGCUCCCUGGAAACAAGAUGGCCCUACUAGCCGACACGCCCGUCGCGCUGCCGGUCUCCGCGCCGCAGGACGCGUACAACAACUACGAGCAGCGGCCGCUCCACAGCCCGCCCCAGGCCACGCCGUCGUCCUACGGCAACGCCAUGCCGAAGCGGGCGCGCGCCGGCUCCGUGUCGCGCUCGAGGACGAACUCCGUCGACCUCUCUCUUAGUUCUCGGCUGCGGUCCGCGUCGGAACUCGAGAAGGCCGGCUUGGUGUCCUCGACGCAGAAGGGCGCCCUCAAGGACCUGAUCAUUUUUGGAGAUGAAGCACUCAGGGGUGCCCUCGACGACUACCAUCAGGGCGACGCGGAAAGACUCGAGAGGCUGGUCAAGCAGGGCUAUUUGGAUCGUUCUAGAGGUGUGAAUGUCUCUACAGUGGAAUCCCGACCGAGGGAGGGCUCCAUCGACUUGCUCGCGGAGCUCGACCUCGACUCCACCGCAGAAGUGUUGUUUGCCGCUAGGCGGCCUCCCCCCUCAGCCGAGCUCUUUUCUACUGAUGAUCAAUUGAUGGGCUUCGACAUGGAGAUGCCGACGCUGUCCAGCGGUUCGCCUCCUGCGCGGAAAUCAGAUUUCAGGCUCGCGUCUGCUCGAUGGCGUGGAGGUUCCGUACGCUGUCGCGGCGAUGGCGUGUUGGUGAUUUCUACACCACUUCCAUGCCGUCGCGGCGGGCACGCACGAGAGAGGAAACUACGCCUGCUCGACGGCGCGGAGGUUCACUUGAUACACACACAGGUCUCUUGGGCGAGGACGACUUAUUCUCAGAAAGGAAGCGGCGCGCGCGGCUCGGUUCCGUAGGAAGCUUCGGAAGCGCCAGAUCGGACGACGGCGGCCGGCCGCGGCCGCGCUGCGACUCCCUCGCCUCUGAACCGGAGGUUGAAGAACCACCACCGCAACAACGGACGCAGCGCACGGCGGCGCGCCACGCUUUGAGUGGUGCGCCGAAGAGGAGAUCGAGACGCGACGACCGCCCGCGCGCGAGCGACGCGCAUCCGGGCCCCGACCAGCCCGUCGCGCGCUUCCGGGGCACGGUCGCGGCGACGGUGGCCGACCCGCCGGGAGCGCGCUUGUUGGACCCGGGCCCGGCGCCGGCCUACGAGCUCUUAGUGAACUUCCCCAGAGCCAAGUCGCGGACGCAACUCCACUGCGUCAUGUGCGGCCGCCGCCCGCGCGACGCGAACCCGCGCGAGCCCCUGCCCGAGCGGGCGCCGCCGCAGCCGCGGAACCCGCGGCUGGACGGGAUGGGAGACGACCGGGACGACGUGCAGCCGGGCGCCGAACGGACGCUCGGAGGGUCGGUGAUCAUCCCGCGCCAGAACAAGGACGUCUGCCGCGAGUGCGACAAGGCUUUGUGGCGCCACUGCGCGUCGGACAUCCACUUCAAGUGGUGCAAGGGCUGCAAGCGCUUCCGCAACCUGGUGGCCUUCGCGGAGAAGCUCGCCGCGUCGAAGUGCGACCGCUGCCGCGAGCGCGGCCGCCAGGGCUACAUGCGCCGCAAGGGCGGCGGGCCGUCGCCGCCGACCUCGCCGCGCCACUGAAUUCCCGCUCAUCACCUUGAACCCCCUAUCCCAUACCUAUCCCAGAAAGAAAAAAGACUCCUCCUGCGCGCGCUGCGCUAGGAGAUGCCCACUCUCGCCUAACAAUUAAUCGU